AUGCAGACGCGCGACCACUACCUAUCUCUCAACCUCCCUGGCCAGCUCCGCGGCGGCUACCUCUUCGGUGACGAAGUCGGCUACGGCGGCUUCAGCGUUGUGCAUGCCUGCACGCACAUCAGAACGGGCAGAAGGUAUGCGGUGAAGGUCCUGUGGAUGGCCCAGUACACCGAUCCUCAAGACGCCGACGAUGUCAAGAACGAGGUGGCUCUGCUCAAGAGGGUUCGGAGCACCGGCGGCCCGUUCGUUAACAUUGUCGACGAGUUCCAGCAGGAGGGCUACUGGUAUAUCGUCAUGCGGCUUGCCGAUGGGGGGGACCUUGACCGGCACCUGUGUACCGGGCGUUAUUUUGAAGAACACGAGGUCGCAGACGUCAUGCUGGACGUAUUCACUGGGCUGCAGGUUCUUCACGAUGACCUAGGGGUUGCUCACCGGGACAUCAAACCGGAGAACAUCUUCCUGCGGACCCGCGGGCCCGCCGGUAACUGCGCCCUCAUCGGUGACUUCGGGCUCUCCAAGCCUUUCGACCAGGAGAACCCGGGCACCUCCUUUAACUUCUGGGUAGGGACACAGUGGUACUGGGCACCAGAGGUGUUCCGUAUCCCGUAUGGACCUGCUGCAGACAUCUGGGCCGCGGGUAUGGUCAUGUGGCGCCUGUUGGUCGGAGACUAUCCGGUCCCGGGCAUCACUAACCACCCCACCUCCUUGAAGGACGCCCAGUUCCAAGUGAACGUGCGGGCGCUGCGCGAGAACUGGCUAGACGCCUUGGCGGACAGUGCCAUGUACGUGAGCGAAGCUGGGUGGGAUUUCCUGCAGGGAAUCCUGCACAUCGAUGCUACGAAGCGGCUGACGGCAGAGCAGGCACUGGCACACGAGUUUCUCGUCACUGCCCGUGCUGCUCGCGACAGUGCCUAUCCGCCACCACCGCCCCCACCACCGCCCCCACCACCGCCCCCACCACCGCCCCAGCCCGCUGCACCCAGCCCCUCUCCGGCACCAACCAGCGCUGCCACUCCCACUCCCGCCUCUUCUCCAUCUCCUUCCCCAUCCGCGGCUACUAUAGUCGAGAGCUCCCAGAGCUCAUCCAACUUCCCUCCACCUAUCCAGGAGGGGGAGGAGGAGGUUGAGGAGGAGGAAGAGGAAGAGGAGGAGAAGGAGUACGAGUUUGAGGAGGAAGAGCAGGAAGAGUGCUAUAUCCCAGACGUCCCGGCCCCCAGGAGCCCGUCGACAAUCGCCGCGGAGGCCCUCUUGCUCCUAGCAGAGGCUCCAAGGGUGAAUGUCUCUUCUCCUCGCCGUGUGGUCUCGUCACCGCGUGCCAGAGUGGACCUGACCGCGCCUGUCCGCGACGACAGAACUGCAGUCCGAAAGCGCACGCGACGCCAGGUGACACCAAAGGUGCACCGGACGCGGGCUGUGGCUGCAAAGGAGGCGGGGAUCAUGGUUCCUGCAGCGGCGGUUCCACCGGCGGUGGUCGUGCCUUCUGCGCCAAAGGGCAGGAAGGCAGUCAAGCGCAAGGCUGCACCAAAGGGUAAGAAGGCUGUGCCUUCGAUUCCUCUGGUGCAGGGGAAGUCGGCGAGAGAGUUGAGGGCGGAGAGGAGGGCGGGUAGAGAGGUGGUCGUGGUGCCCAGAAGAGGGGGAGAUAGGGUCUCCAAGCGGUGA